AUAUCAUCAGUUAGUUAUUCCACUUACUUUGAUAUCAAUCUCAAGAUGAAAUUCGUUAUUGUUUUCGCUGCCCUUUUCGCUGUCGCCUUGAGCGCUUCAAUUCCCCAGGACUCAGCUCACGCUGAAACCCUCCGUUAUGAAAACGACAACAUCGGAGUUGAAGGAUUCAAAUACGCUGUUGAGACCAGCGAUGGCAAGUCUGCCAGCGAACAAGGAGUCUUGAAGAAUGUUGGUUCCGAAAACGAGGCUAUCUCCGUCCAAGGACAAUUCAGCUACGUCGGACCCGAUGGUGUCACAUACGCAGUCACCUACAUCGCUGAUGAGAACGGUUUCCAACCACAAGGUGCUCAUUUGCCCGUUGCCCCCUCCCUUUAAAUGACUUAAACGUCAAAAUGAUUAUAUUGCGUCGUUGAAGAAAAUCGCUGAUUGAUCAUUUUUAUCGAUCAGUAUUUCGCAACGAUUCGUUAAAUAAUUUAAUUUUAAGUGUUAGGUGUUGAAUGAAGCAAUAAAAUGUGUUGAUCAAAGACAAUUAUAAAACUCAAAA